UGUCCAUGGUUGCCCCGGCCUCCACCGCUGAAUCCACCACUGAAUCCACCGCUGUCCCAGCAUCCACCGCUGAAUCCAUCGCUGUCCCAGCAUCCACCGCUGAAUCCACCGCUGAAUCCAUCGCUGUCCCAGCAUCCACCGCUGAAUCCAUCGCUGUCCCAGCAUCCACUGCUGAAUCCACCGCUGAAUCCAUCGCUGUCCCAGCAUCCACCACUGAAUCCAUCGCUGUCCCAGCAUCCACCGCUGAAUCCACCGCUGAAUCCACCGCUGUCCCAGCAUCCACCGCUGAAUCCAUCGCUGUCCCAGCAUCCACCGCUGAAUCCAUCGCUGUCCCAGCAUCCACCGCUGAAUCCAUCGCUGUCCCAGCAUCCACCGCUGAAUCCACCACUGUCCCGGCAUCCACCGCUGCAUCCACUGCUGUCCCGGCAUCCACCGCUGCAUCCACCGCUGCAUCAACCGCUGAAUCCACCGCUGACUCAACCACUGUCCCGGCAUCCACCGCUGCAUCCACCGCUGCAUCCACCGCUGAAUCCACCGCUGCAUCCACCGCUGUCCCGGCAUCCACCGCUGCAUCCACCGCUGCAUCCACCGCUGAAUCCACCGCUGCAUCCACCGCUGUCCCGGCAUCCACCGCUGCAUCCACCGCUGCAUCCACCGCUGAAUCCACCACUGAAUCCACCACUGUCCCGGCAUCCACCACUGCAUCCACUGCUGUCCCGGCAUCCACCGCUGCAUCCACCGCUGUCCCGGCAUCCACCGCUGCAUCCACCGCUGCAUCCACCGCUGAAUCCACCGCUGCAUCCACCGCUGUCCCGGCAUCCACCGCUGCAUCCACCGCUGAAUCCACCACUGAAUCCACCACUGUCCCGGCAUCCACCACUGCAUCCACUGCUGUCCCGGCAUCCACCGCUGCAUCCACUGCUGUCCUGGCAUCCACCAUUGAAGGUGCUCAGCAGUCUUCAGUGGUGGACAUCAGCUCAUGUCCCAUCACGUAUUAUGGACAGCAGUACGAGCAGCUCUAUGUGAGCAUGACAUCUGGAUAUGUUACCGUCUGUUUCAACGGCUUUUUCAGUCCUGAAACUGGAGGCGACUGUAUUGUGGAGCGUUCAGUGGGUGCAGAGGAAUUUUACUAUUACAUAAAUCUACAACCUUCCUCUGGUGAUGUGGAUUAUGUUCGUUCCUAUUUUCCAACCAUUCAGAACAGUUUGGAGCGCUAUUUUUUGAUACAUUUUCCUCGUUUUGGUUUCUUUCCUUUAAACUUUGGGAGCAGCUCACAAGCAGCUCUGGUGUUGGACAGAUACACCUCUGAUCCAGUGGUGUUUGAGCUUCAGGUUGGUGGAACCACAGUGGAUACAGUCGAUCUUACUUCCUCAUAUCGAGGUUUCUUAGACAUCAGUGGAUGCAGACACUCAGGUCAGAUGCAUCGACCUGGUACAGUGAUCAACUCUGAUCCAGAAACCUGCUUCAGUCUCACCUGUAAUGAGACCGCAGUUCUCCACACCACCAGCUGUGGUCCACUGGAGCGUUGUCAAGGCAACGGCAUCUGCACGUUGGACACCAUGUUGGCCUCCAUCUGCACUGCGACCGGCCCCACUGUCAUCGACGUACAUGGCCAGAUGGACUCCAUCCAGGAUCGCUGUGCGUACUCUCUGUUCUCGACUCCGACACUCCCAGACUUCCAGAUUCUGGGGAACUUCAGGGACCGGCGUCGUAAAGAUGUGAGCUUUUUGGACAGUGUGACGCUGCGUGUGGACGGGCAUUACAUUCACCUGGAACAAGGUGGGAGAGUUCAGCUGGACGACUCCACGCUGACCCUCAGCAGCUCAUCUCAGCUGGUUCACGGUGUGCAGCUCUCUAAGGACCAAACUGGAGUCACUGCCAAGCUGUCGCUCUCCAACCUCAACAUCUCUGUCUUCUUUGAUGGCGACACCGCACAGAUCCACUUAGAAGGACCUGCUGGUUCAUCUGUGGAGGGUCUGUGUGGAAACUCCAGCAGGUCUCUGAGUGACCUGAGACUCUCUGAGUACAGCUCCACCAGCUGUGAGAUACAGUACAGUGAGCCUGCUGACAGCACGAUCGACUGCACCAGUGUGACUGAACGCUGUAAUCUCCUGAAGGAGGCGCCCUUCUCCUCCUGUAACAGUGACAUCGACCCAGAGCCCUACAUAACCGCCUGCACCGACACUUUGUGUAAAUAUCCUGCGGUGGACGGACUCGACUGUCAGUUCCUGAAGGCCUACGCCAGAGCCUGCAGUCUACACAACCACACUCUGGAUGGCUGGACAUCAAAGACCGGCUGCUCCUCUGAGGCCUUCUGUCAGGACAGGACCUGCAGCGAUCACGAGUUCUGUGGUGAGAAGACGGUCGGUGGUGACACUCGCUGCUUCUGUCGGGCCAUUUUUGCCUCCAAGUACCAAGAAAACAACUCUUUGGGUGAUCCAACGGUCUGCACGCAGAACUCUGCUUCAGUCACUCUGGUCGGUUGUCUCCUGGAGGACAAAGGCAUCGACUACUCUGCCUUACACCUCAAGGACCCGACCUGCAGGGGUCAGGUGGACGAGUUCACUCACAUGGUGACCUUCAGCUUCGACAGCAGCAACAGCUGUGGGACGGAGGUCACGUCCAACAACAGCCAAGUGAUCUACAAAAACGCCAUCAUGACCGAGAACAGCUCCUCCAUCAUCACUCGUCACGACCAUGUCUACAUCGACUUCUCCUGCGUCCAAACUCAGCCGGACAUCAAGACUGCCACCUUCAGGAUCAGAGACAGCUCUGUGAUCCGGCACCUCACAUCUGGAGUUUGGGAUUACACUCUGACCAUGAAGGCUUUCACUGAUGCCGGUCGCACACGAGCUGUGGAGUCCAGCACUGAAUUGCAGCUGAACCAGAAGAUCUGGGUGGAGCUGAAGACUGACGGGCUGGAUGGAAACUGGGUCGUUGUGGUGACCGACUCCUGCUGGGCAACAGACCAGCCACCAGCCAACAGCACUCCGAGAUACAACCUGAUCAUAAACGGCUGUGCCAACCCUGCUGACCAGACUGUGCAGGUGGUGGGAAACGGAAAGGGAACCUCCAACUACUUCUCCUUCAACAUGUUCGAGUUCACCGGGGGCUCUGGUGAAGUCUUCCUGCACUGCAAAGUCCACCUGUGCCCCAAACGGAACAACUGUGUCCCGACAUGUCCUGCAGGUGAUCGCAGACGCAGAUCUGUCAGUUCCAAGUAUGAAGGUGAAGCCUUCAUCAGCAUGGCCUGGACUCGAUAGGUGGCUUCCAUGGUGAUUCAUACUGACCUCAACAAUGAUCCUUGACUUCUGAUUGGUCCUGAUCCAGAUCCUGGAUGUUUGGAUGAGCUCAGUUUUGGCUGCCGGGAUUCUGUGUAAACUUUAACCAAAGAUCCAUUCAUAUUCCUCAGGUUGUUAUAAUUUAAGAUGAUUUAGGUACAGUGUUGCAAAUAUCCAAGAGAAAAGGGGGAAAAUAAGAUGCAUGAAGAGCAAUCAUGAAGUGAUUUAAUAUAAAAAUCAUCUAUCUAAUAAGUUGGUAAUCAGAGUGAAACAUUUAAACGAUUAUCUGAUUUAUGUUUUUUACUUUUUAUGCUUUUUAACUGUAUUUUGUAAAAGUGGCAUGUGUGCUUUGUGUUUUUUUAAAUAUGAGGAAAUGGAAGCAGACUCUUUAAAACUCAGUUUGCCUUAUAAAACAGGGCCGGAUGCAGCUCAAAGUGGAAACAUUAACCUAAAUUUUUUGCAAAAAGAAGCAAGAGAGGUCCACAGCAGUGUGGUCAGGUUAAGUUAUCAAAGUUAAAGCUUCUUAAGGUGACAGAAUACUUCGGCUGACAGAAUUUAUUGGUGCAUGUGGAUAAAGUUAAGACCGCUUUAAGGCAGGUGAAACCCCCCAAUUCUGGAAUCCAUGUGACAGAAUAUCUGACCAACAGUAACAAAGGCUACAGUCAGGUCAACAUCCUUCUACCAGCCAACUUGAUAACAUCUUGAUAGCAAUUAUUUUGAAGCCACUAUCUCAAUGAACAAGGAGAGAGCCAUAACUUUAGCUGCAAAAGUUUGAAAAAUAAGCACCUACAACAAGGUAACAAGGUUUGGGGUUUUUCCCCCUCAAGUUUCACAAUAUUACAGCUUCAUUAACAGCCCAGAGCAUCCCAACUAUGUGUACCACAAUUUGGCUCCCCUGGACUGAACAAAGCCUACUGCUUAUUGGUACUUUCAGGCCAGAAACAGAACAAACCUUCACAAAUUUUUAUCCAGAUCUUUUAGUGCUCUCAUGAAAUUAGUCACAGAGCUAAAUGAAAAUACAAAAACAUAUUUUGUCUAAGAAGUAAAGAACAUAUGUAUCUUUCAGCCUUCUCCUCAGAAAACAGACAAUAGUACAGCAAUUCAACUGAAACUUAAACUUGAUGCCCUGAUCUGUCACCUUUAUUGUUUUUCUAUUUGUUCCAAAACACUACAAUAAAUAAACAAAUAAAUAAAUAAUGUGGGUAAAACACCCCCCAACAACAACUCGACUUUGUUUCAU